AUGACUGACUCCAAUAGUGUAUUUGCCAACUGCACGGGCAAAGUUGACCCCAACAUGUUCUUCGACAAUUGUGUGUAUGACAUAUGCAUCAAUAAAGGCAUCAGAAGGUUCCUGUGUGACAACAUGGAAAAUUACGUGGCUGCAUGCAUGGCCGAGGACAUCAAGAUCGAUCGCUGGAGGACUCUUGCUAACUGUUCCAUAGAUUGUCCUGCAAACAGCCACUUUGAAGCAUGUGGCGCAGCCUGUGCAUCGUCUUGUGCUGAGAAAGAUGCCCCAUCCACCUGCCAGCUGCCCUGUGUAGAGGGCUGCCAGUGCGACAAGGGUUUCGUGCUCAGUGUUGACAAGUGUGUGCCAGAGACGUCGUGUGGCUGCACCCACGAAGGGCGCUAUUACCCACCGAGGAAGACUUUUUGGACAGACAACACAUGCUCUAAAAAAUGCACAUGCAAUUCUGGAACCCUUCAGUGCACUGACACCAAGUGCAAGAGUUCUGAAGUGUGUUCUUUGAAGAAUGGCGUUAGAGACUGCUACCCACUCUCCUACACCACAUGCUGGGGCUCCGGUGACACACACUACCGCUCGUUUGAUGGUAAGAAAUUUGAAUUCCAGGGAACGUGCACAUACUACCUGUCCAAACUAGUCAACACUGAAGAUCCAACUUUGGAACCUUUGGAGGUGCAAGUCCAGAACGAGAACCGAGGCCAAAACAAGGCAGUGGCCUACACCAAGACAGUCUUGAUCAAAGUGUAUGGACACACCAUUGUGUUGAGUAGUGAUAAUCCGGGAAGAGUACUGCUUAACGUUUUUGUAAACUUGCCAAUUACACUGGAAGACGGACGACUGUCAAUUUUCCGAAGAGGCCGGACUGGAGUGGUUAAAACCGAGUUUGGCUUGGAAGUGCAGUAUGACUGGAGAAGCUAUGUGUCAGUUACUCUCCCAAGCACCUACAGUGGAGUGGUGGGUGGCCUGUGUGGAAACCUCAAUGGCAAUGGUCACGACGACAUGCUUACACCCAACAACACCAAUGCCAAAAACCCAACCAAGUUUGGUAUAAGCUGGAAAGUGAAGGAUGACCCACGGUGCAAAGACACAUGCGAAGGCCAGAAGUGCCCUGAGUGUGACAUCAACGCAGAGCCAAACAAGGAUUUCCGAACAGCCUGUAGCAUCCUCACGAACAAGGCUGGUCCCUUUAAGGACUGUCACAGCAAAGUGAAUCCAGAGCAGUACUAUAAUGACUGUGUUUAUGACAUGUGCAUGUAUAAUGGCCACUCUUCUGCACUCUGCAAUGCCCUCAGCACGUACACCACGGUGUGCCAGGAGGCCAAAGCCAGGAUCUACGGUUGGAGAACAAAGACAUUCUGUCCACUGGCCUGCCGGGCAAACAGCCACUACGAGGUGUGCAUGUCUGGCUGUUCUGAGAUGUGUCCCGGAGCCGAGGAGCCAGAGAGCUGCGAGAGCGCCCCCUGCAGGGAGGGCUGCGAGUGCGACGACAACUUUGCGCAGAGCGACGGACAGUGUGUGGCAGAGGAUCAGUGUGGCUGUGAGCACAAAGGACGCUACUACCAGCAAGGACAUGUAUUUUUCCUCGGUGACCAGUGCACAGGCCGUUGUGUGUGUGGGAAUGACGGCAGGGUACAAUGCCAAAGCAACUUCUCUUGUGGGCCCCAUGAAGUGUGCCGCAUCCAGGAUGGGACCAAGGCGUGCUUCCCCACUGCCAGAGCAGCUUGUUCUGUGUCAGGGAGGGGACACUACAGCUCAUUUGAUAACAGGAGGUUUAGUGUUCCUGGGAACUGCGUGUACAAAAUGGCAGAGGUCGUCAAGGACCAAGAUGGUAAGAGGGUUCCCUUCAGUGUGGUAGUCCAUCAGGACUCAGCACCCAAUCAUCCGACGGUUACCCGCAGUGUCCAAAUACAAGUCAAUGACUACAAUAUCAUCAUGCUUCCUGGAAGAAUCUGGGAAGUGCGAGCUUAUCAGAAUGGCCUCUUCAUCAUCCUGCAGACUGACUUUGGUUUGGAGGUGACCUAUGACACCGUCUCCAUGGUCAGAGUGGAAAUGCCAUCCUCUUACAAAGGCGUACUGUUGGGCCUCUGUGGCAACUACAACGACAACCCAGCUGAUGAUUUUGCCCUACCCAAUGGUACCGAGGCCCUUUCAGCUGAAGACUUCGUCAAGGGCUGGACAAGCAGGAGGAGUCCAAAAAGUUGCGCGGAAUCUUGA